GUUCUCCAUCUUUCGCCUUCCUCUCCCCACCUCCCUAAUGGUAGCUGGUGUGCGCAUGUCGGGGACCUGACAGAGAGACUGUUUCGCCUCCUCAGUUGAAAAGCAACAGGGUGAAAGUAGGGGAUCUGUCUGCCAAGAUGAAUGCCGAUGAAUUCCGCAAGUGUGGUAAGGAGUUGGUGGAUAUGGUCGCUGACUAUCUGGAAACGAUAAGGACACGACCGGUUGUACCGAAUGUUCAACCCGGAUAUAUCCGGGACCUAAUGCCAGAAGACCCUCCGGAGGAUCCCGAGAAAUGGCAGGAUGUCUUGAAGGACAUUGAGAAAGUUAUCAUGCCUGGGAUGACCCACUGGAAUUCUCCCCAUUUCCAUGCCUAUUUCCCUACGGCCAACUCCUACCCGGCGAUGUGUGCGGAUAUUCUGGGUAGCGCGCUGAGUUGCAUUGGAUUUACCUGGAUGGCCAGCCCUGCUUGCACCGAAUUGGAGAUGAUGAUGAUGGAUUGGAUGGGAAAAGCCCUUGAUUUACCGGAACACUUUCUUUUCGAAUCCGAGGGACCAGGAGGAGGAGUCAUACAGGGAACCGCAAGUGAAGCCACACUGGUUGCUCUCUUAGCCGCCAGAAGUCGAACUUUGAAUUUAAUGGAAGACGCUAAGUUGGAAAAUCUUGUUUCAUACGCUUCUGAUCAAUCUCACUCGUCGGUGGAGAGGGCUGCGCUUCUGGGAGCUGUGGAAAUGCGCCUCCUGCCGGCAGAUGAAAACCUCCAAUUGCGGGGAGAGACGCUGGAGAAGGCCAUCCAGGAAGACAGGAAGAAUGGCAAGAUCCCCUUCUUUGUUGUUGCAACUUUGGGCACAACAAACACGUGUUCCUUCGACGAGUUGGAUGAAAUUGGAGAAGUCUGUGUGAGAGAGAAACUUUGGCUCCACAUUGACGCUGCUUACGCCGGAUCAGCUUUCAUUUGCCCUGAAUUUAGACAUAUCCUUGACGGAGUGGAGUAUGCUGAUAGCUUUAACUUCAAUCCUCAUAAAUGGCUUCUGGUAAAUUUUGAUUGUUCUGCAAUGUGGGUCAAAGAUCAAAAUGAAAUCACCGAAGCAUUCUCCGUUAAUCCUACUUAUCUGAAGCAUGAUAAGGAGGGGGAAAUUCCAGACUACAGACACUGGCAGAUACCUCUGGGUCGACGUUUUCGAUCUCUGAAGUUGUGGUUUGUAUUCCGCAUGUAUGGACUCAAAGGAUUGAGGCAUCAUAUUAAAUCGUUUGUUAGACUCGCCAAAGAGUUCGAACAACUCGUACGGACUGAUGAUAAAUUUGAAAUUGUCGCCCCUGUGGUACUUGGACUCGUCUGCUUCAGACGAAAGGGUUCCAACGCAUUGAGCCAGGAAAUUCUGAAAGAAGUGAACGCCCGUCGGAAAAUCCACAUCACCCCAACAAUGGUACGGGACAAGUACGUCCUGCGAUUUGCCAUCUGCUCCCGUUAUACAUGCCUGGAAGACAUCAACUUCGCCUGGAAAGAGAUCCAGUACGUCUCCUCGAGUGUGAGGGGCUAAGGGACAAUUUGAUGUUCAGUCAUGCUCGAUGUGGGAAAGAGAUUGGUUUAUGGCUUCUUUCUGUUUUGCGGAAAGAGUGCUUUGCCCUGACUUUAUUAUUUUUUUUCUUCUGCUUUCUCUUUAAUUGUAUCAUAGGUAGAGGCAUAUAUGUUGGAGGUGUACUUUCGUUUAUUUUUUAUUUGCUGCUGUUGAUGUUCGUAAAUGCUUUAUAUAUCAUGCAUUCCAAAGAUAAACGAUAUGAUUUGUUUAGUGGUUAUCAGCUGUUUAAAUCUUGAAUGACAGAAAGAAUCAGACAAAUGUUUCUUUUUCAUUAUACAUAUAUAUAUUUCAUUAUGUACUAGGAACUUGUUUGUUUCCUUAA